AUGGUCUGCGACAAGAGUUUUUCAAGCAGUUACAUGCUGCUAAAUCAUGAGGAGGUUGGCGUUUUUGAUCUCGUUCACAUGCUACGCUCCCAUGCAAUAGAGAAAAGGAACUUUGUCGACUGUCCAAAGGGGAUGACAGAGGAAAACUUUAAACAAAGAUGGUUAUUAUCCAUGUCUGUUUUGGCUCAAAAGAUGCUUAAAUCUAUCAAGAAACCUUUGGCUGCCAUGGGUUCGGGUAUUGAGUAUUGGCUCAAUCUUGUCUCGUGUAAUCGUAACCUUAGUGGGUUAAUCUCAAACUGGAUACGAGGGGAAAUGAUCCGACCUGAAAGAUCAUUAUCGACGUUCAUAUCUUUUACUGGAUGUCUAGACACACGAAUUGAGUUAGAUAAAGACAUUGUUGAAUCUGGAGAUAAAGAUAGAUACAAUUGCUUGCUCUCAAUCAUGGCUGCUAAAGCAUCUUAUGAAAACCAUGCUUACCUUCAACAUAUUGUCAUUGAUAUCUGGAAGAUGGAAUUAUUGGGGUCUUUUGAUUUUUGGAAUGAUUAUCAACAGAAAGCCACAACACAAGCCUUCAUACUUCGUGAUAAGAAAGAAGAUUCUGAAUUGAUAGUUGUCGCCUUUAGAGGAACAGAGACCUUCGAUGCAGAUGCAUGGUCUUCAGAUGUCGAUCUUUCAUGGUAUGAACUCCCAGGGAUAGGAAAAGUGCAUGGUGGGUUCAUGAAAGCCCUAGGGUUACAAAAGAGUCUAGGUUGGCCAGAAGAAGUAACCCAUCGAACCAAAAAUCUAGAACAACCAUUAGCAUAUUAUGUCAUCAGGGACAUGCUAAAACAAGCUUUGAAAGAAAAUAACAAGGCUAAGUUUAUCGUAACUGGUCACAGCUUAGGUGGUGCACUUGCAGUAUUGUUUCCAGCAGUUCUAAUGUCGCAUAAUGAGGUAGAGUUAUUGGAUAUGUUAGAGGGUGUGUAUACAUUUGGGCAACCAAGAGUCGGGGACAAAAGAUUUGGAAAGUUCAUGAAAGAAAAUUUCGAGAAAUUUAACGUGAAGUAUUAUAGGACUGUUUAUAGCAACGAUUUGGUUCCAAGAUUACCUUAUGAUGAUUCGACCAUGAUGUUUAAGCACUUUGGGACCUGUUUAUACUUUGAUAGCUUUUACAAUGGAAAAAUUAUGGAGGAAGAACCAAAUAAGAACUAUUUUUCGCCAUUAUCAGCUUUACCUAAGUUGAUCAAUGCAGUAUGGGAGAUCAUAAGAAGCUUUAUGAUUCCAUAUACACGGGGAGCGGACUACAAUGAAGGGUUUGUACUUAAGAUGUACAGAUUCACCGGGUUACUGAUUGCCGGAGUACCAGCUCAUGGUCUUCAAGAUUAUGUUAACGUUGUGCGUUUAGGAUCAGAUUUAUACAAAGAUCCCAGGUUGAUCAAAGAUAACGAUAUAAAGCUUAUGAUCGAUGAUGGAACCUUGAUGUGA